CUCUCAAUACCGACUUUCCCGUCUCUUCAUUCCCAUAUCACAUCUUGAGCUCCUUUGGUGGCAGUUGCAAUGGAUUCGAUAACCUUAGUAACCUUCCCUUGACUGACAGACACGGUCCCAUUGGGAUUGCAGCUAUGACAACGAGGGAGAGAAAGAGCUCCGACCUCUCAAGUCGACUGAGACGGCCGUUGAAAGCUAGCUCUCAGCCUUCCAAAGCUCUCAGUUCUUCGACGAUCAGUACUCCGCCGAAGGCUGCUAUAGCAUCGGUUCAGGCGAAAAAGGAGGACAUUCAUCGCAGGAAGAACCCCUUCCAAAGAAUGCUUCGCCAGAAUGAGAGCAGGAGUAGAUCAUGUGACGGCCCGAAUGGACCAGAUCCGGAUAUCUUCACCUCAGCCAUGAGUAGAAGGCACCUGCAAGACGGAAGGGAUGCGAGUACAGAUGCACAGGUCAAAGGAAAUGAUUAUCCCAAGACGAAAGAGCGCGCUGCAGAUCUAGUAGAGGCUUUGGCUGCUGCCAAGGCAGAAAUAGAUGCGCUCAAAGCAGAAUUGGAAAGAGCAAGGCACUAUAACCCCGCAUAUGGGGAUCCUGCGACUGGAGAUAAGACUGCGGUUGACGCACCGUGGCUGCCUUCGAAAUAUCCUCAGCCUGACAUAGUGUCUUCGCCUGGCCGCUCGCUCAAUGGGGCAGAUGCAAGUCUGCUGGAACAGAACUACGAGUUGCGACAGCAAGUAACGCUUCUCGAAAAGCAGCUUACCGAACAGGACGCGAUGUACCGGGCAAAGCUAGAUCGGCAUAUGCAUAGUCGACGUGCCGAAUGGGAGGAGCUCACAGCACGGCUUCACUACGCGGAAAAAGAGUCCCGAGAGCGAUUGCAACAAUUGCGCGAUCUGAAACAGAGCAUAUCGCGAUUGAUGAAAGCUGAUAGCCAAAUCACCGACGGCGAGCUCGUCGAGGGAGUGGACAAACUCUAUCACCGAAUCCGUGAAUGGGUUGUCAGUAACUUCCGAAGAUCGAAGCUCACGUACGACCAGGUCCCGGCUGAGGGAGCAAAGGUCUUGGACAGGAUAUAUCCAGCAUACCGGCAGCUCAAGCCCAGCGAUCGCCUUCCACUCUAUCAGUCCAUAGUAGCUCAUGCUUUAAGAGAGAUCUUUGAGGAGAAUGUUGUCCUAGGAUUGCCUGCAAGCGGACCGCUGGCGCCCAUCCGUCAGCUCGCAACUUGCAUUCAAGGUGCAGGGAGCGAAUUCGGUGACUGGCGUAGAGCAACGAUUCGAGCAUUGGAGAAGAGUGGCAUGAAGCAUAUUGUUGGCGAAGAGAGGGCAAAGAUGCUCCAUCAGCUUUCGGCAGAUAUCGAGCGCCAACUGUUUGCUCUCACUUCGACCCAACUAACACGUAAUGCGAAAUCGGAAUUACUGGCCAUUGUGCAUUCGACAGCGGACUUGCAACAUGCGUUGCUUCUGCAAAAGGCACGCUAUCGGUUGCGCUUCUUCAGUCACGAUGGGAAUACACAAAUAUUCUUUGAUGACAGAAAGAUGGAGCCUGUCAAUGAUGUCGAAGAUAGACCCGUUGAACAGGGAGGAAUGGCGAUUGAGCGCACCUUCGGCUUUUGCGUCUUUCCCUGCAUCGAGAAAUUCGGCAAUGAGUUCGAAGAGACAAACCACAUCCGGAAUGUUCUGCUACGGGCUAGAGUCUGGUCUGCUCCGACUCCUGAUUAGCAAGUAUGUCUUUGAUGCAGUGGCACAGUAGGGACAGCAGAUUUGGUGUGCAUCAGAUAUCAGCAUGCCGCCAGCCUUCCCACGUCGACACCAGGGCCGUCCUUUCCCGAUCGUGUUGGAAUGGUGAUAGAUCUGCCAGGGUGGUUGAUGUGAAAAGAAUGAUUAUUGAGUCACCAUUGAAAACAGGGGUGCUGACUAACACACGUCGCGUGGAUCUGCCAAGGUCGAUCAAAGCUUGGGCCAGCAUCGUACACGCGACGCGACUUCGACAACUGCUCCUUCAAUCCGCGAUG